AUGAAAAUCGCCAUCGUAGUACUGGUAAUCGCAAGUGCAGCGGUGUGUGCUCCACCCGGAAGAGGAUAUCCACCAUGCAGUAAUGGUAUGCCUCCUCCACCACCACCAUACCUCAGAAACGUUACUCAAGACGCCCGUGACGAGUACUUCGAAAUCCUUUCCAGGGAUAAUGAAACGAUAGCACAGCAAAAUCAAGACAUUCUCACCUGGGCGCGGAAAUAUGGACUAGAGGCAGAAGUACAAGAGUUCCGAACCAACUCGACGAACAGAAGGACCAUAGUGGAGCAGAAUGUCACCAGUCUCAUUGGUCAAUUGGGCACAGUUCUGCAACAAGGCAUCGCAAUAGUGAAUGACGAGAAUCAGACGGCGAUGAACCAGACCAUGGCUCUAAGGAAUCUGAGUUCUGAAUAUCCUCAGGCAUUCGCAGUCCUACAGUUCGCCGUCAGUCUGUUUUUACCACCUGGAGCCCCUCAACUAUUCGGUGAUAUUCAACCCGGUGUUCUUCCAUCACCAGGAGUACCUCCCCCAGGAGGUGGUCCUUGUGGAUUUCCUCCUCCACCAGGAAUGUGGGAUCCCUGUGCACCACCCGUUCCACCAGGAGAUGACGACACAGAUUCAUUCCCCCCACCAGAAGAAGGGAGUGGUUGUCCGCCUCCUCCGCCACCUGGGCCAUGGAGUCCUUGCCCACCUCCUCCGCCACCAGGAGGAUGGGGCCCUUGCUCGCCUCCUCGUCCACCGCCAGGCGGACCUGAAUGCCCCGACUUUCCAGGAGAUGGACCCGACAUCGGGAAAUAG